CCAUGCCUUACGACAACAACAAAAAGGAGGCCGAGCCGGAGGAGAGUAGGGUGUGUGAGAUGCAGGUGAGAGGAGAUGCGAGGAGUGACUGUCGUCUCGUAGGCCUCGUCGAGCUGCAGAUGGACGGCUUCGUGGACGAGCGGGAGACGGCGCGCGGGCACGACGCCGAGAACGAAGCCGAGAGCAUGCAGGUGCGCGAGGAAAAGUCGCGCGCCAGCGGCCAACUCCACCUGGACACCUGCCCCGUCUGCCGGCUGAACUUCCACAGUCGGGAGCCCAAACUUCUGCCGUGCCUGCAUUCUUUUUGCAAGAAAUGUCUGCCCGCGCCCUCGAGGAAUUUGUCCCCGGCCGAGCCGCUGAACUCCCCCAAACCACUGAACGUGAUGCGCUGUCCGGUGUGCAGGCAGGAGUGCAUGGAGGUAGAUGUGAUGGAAAACGUCUUCGUGAAGGACUCCGUCGAGGCUCCCAGCAGCACGGUGGAGAGGACAGUCCAGCUCUGCAUGACCUGUGACGACAACACCGAAGCGGUCGGGUUUUGCGUGGACUGUGCCGAGUACCUCUGUGCCACGUGUGUGGAGGCCCACCACAGAGUCAAAUUUACCAAAGACCACACCAUCAGACAGAAGACAGAAAUCAUGCACGAGGUCCACGGGGCGUCGGCUCAGAGGCCGAUGUUCUGCGACAUCCACAAACAAGAGCCGCUCAAGCUGUUCUGUGAGACCUGUGACCUGCUGACCUGCCGUGACUGCCAACUGGUGAAGCACAAGGACCACAAUUACCAGUUCCUUGAAGAUGCUUAUAAAAGCCACAAGCAGCACAUGGAGAUCAUGACCCAUCAGCUGCAGGAGAAAAAGAAACACAUUGAAGAGAUCUCAAACUCCAUUAACAAAGGACUCCUUCAUGUUGAUCAGAACCGCACGUCUGUUCACGACGAAUUAAAGAAAUCCGUCUGCAGUUUGAUUCUGGAGAUAAACAAGAAGGGCCAGAUGCUAGCCAAUCAACUUGAGGCCGUAACCAAGGACCACGAAAAUGUCCUCCGAAAGCAACAGGAGGACAUCGGCUAUCUGUCCAGGCACCUGGACCACGUCAUCCACUUCACCAAAUGGGCCACAGCCAGGAGCGGGGGAACGGCCCUCCUGUACUCUAAGCGUCUGAUCCUGUUCCAGAUUGGAAACCUCCUGCGGGCGAAAUGCAGCACCUCGUUCAUACCACAGAGCACCGUGCGCUUCCACAGUCGAGCCUCCUACUGGGCCUCGAACGUUGAUCUGGGCUCUUUAGUGGCAGAGAGUGUGCCGGGAAACCAGCCGGGUGGGUUUCAGGGCAUCCCGCAUCAGCUCUCCGCAUCGCACCCCCCCUCAGCGUCGCCCCGCGGCUUUGCCCCGGGAGCCCCCCACGACACCCUGGCUCAGCUCCAGAAGCAGGUGGACAGGCUCACCCCGCAGGCCGACUGGCAGCCCCGGCCGCCUCCCCCGCCCUGGACCUGGUACCAGAGUGUCCGGCUGCAGCGGACCGUCCCGGGGCCCCCGCACGGAGGGGGCUCUCCCUCCCGGAGCGCGCUGCCCCAGCCGUGCCGCGGGUCCACGGGGCCUCCUCCCACGAGCGGCCUGCCGGGCCCCGGGUUUACGCCACAGCCUCUGAGGGCGAUGUGCGGCGGCUCCGUCUACCAGCCCAAAGCCGUGGAUGUGUUCUCCCCUUCACCUCGGUGCACCCACGGGGGCGGCUCGCCUCAGUCACGGCACACGACGGAGCCUGCGUACGCCAGGGCUGAUCCGCGCGGUCCGUUCUAUGUGCUGAACCCGAGCCACCCCCGCGACCCGCCACCGGCUUUGCUCCACAGAAGCGUGAAAGGAGAGUACAGUUCACCGGGGCACGCUGCCGGAUCCCAGGAGGAGAAACCGGGGACUGUUACCUGGAAACCUCCGGAAACGCGACAGGCUGGUGGAGCGGUGGGCUCGGCUGUCAAGAAAAGACGGAGGUCGUCCCCAGUGCCCAUCAUCGUGAUAAAAGAUGAGCCAGAUGAUGACAGCAGCUACGUACAAGCCAAACCAAGAGCCAGCCUCCCCGACAGCACGGGGGACCGACCCCCUAUAAGCGAGAACAAAGGCCCGACGGCUCCCCGGAGCCCCGGCGACCAGCCCCUCGGCCGCCCCCCGCCUCCCGGCAGCCCACGGGGCCAGAGGGGAGGUGCCCGGCCCCCCCCUCCCGCCGCCCCGCUGGAAGACCCCGCCGGGGGCUCCUGUGCUGCGUGUCGCACCGGCGGGGAGCUGCUGUGCUGCCAUAAGUGUCCCAGGGUUUUUCACCUUUGGUGCCAUGUUCCAAGUCUCCUCAAAUAUCCCAGCGGCGAAUGGCUUUGCUCGCUGUGCCGCGACCCGUUGGCGCCCGAGACGGAGUACGACUGCGAAGGCGAACCCGAAGCCAGGACCGGAAAGAAGAAGGAGGCGGGGUUGUCGCCCCUGGACAAACGGAAGUGUGAGAAGCUGCUGCUGCGCUUGUUUUGCAGCGAGCGGAGCUCCGCCUUCCCGGGGCCCGGGUCCCCCCGGGCAUGUGCUGAUGACAGGCCGGCCAUCGAGGGACCAGUGGGCCUCGCGGCUGUGAAAGAACGACUGGAGGCCGAUCGGACUCCCUGCUACCAAAGCCCCGCGCAGUUCGUAUCAGACAUCAGGCUCCUCCUCAGCGAGGUUGACACGCAGGUCACCGCGGGGCUCAAGGAGCUGUUCGAAGAGCACCUCGGGAUCACGUUCCCCGACCAGACCUUUCCACAAGUCCAACCCGAGAGGACGCCCGCCGGCCCCGCUGACUCUCGCCUCUCGUCCCCCGACGACGCCGUCCGGCGCCCCGACUCCCCGGUGGAGCGGAGGGAGUCGCGCGAAAGCGACGGGUCCCUUUAAAUCGUUGGGAUCGUUCGGUGCGUCACACUUUGUGACAGAAAUGAGUCAUACAUGUGUCGUACGUUUUACUUGAUUCAAUUGAAACAACAGGGGGGGAAGCUGAACCGGCUUUUAUGGUAAGCAGGUCUGGUUUUGGUGAAGUCGUCACUGCUCUCACCAAAAUGAUCAUCCAUCGGGCUGAUCAACGGCGUGUCCACGUCUCACGCUCUCGAUCGGGAAGCAUGUGAAUCUUCAGCUCUGACGUUUGAGGGCUCUUGUGGAGGGUAAGAUGCAUCACGGGGCCCCUGGAGGCCAGUAAAGGGAAAACAUCAAAGGGAUCGAAGCCGCGUGAGAUGUUACACUGUCCCACAUCAUUUAACACUUUUCUGCUUGGUUGGCUUUCGGGUUAAUGUGUUAUUGUAUUUGUCUGUUUCCAAUUUAUUUAUUGUCUUUUUAUGUCUAUUGCAAACUUUUAUUAAAAAGAAGUAAAGGCCAGUUCAAAUGAUAUCUGAGUGUACUUGAACUGAGGUCAUUUCAUAUAAUAUUUCUUCAAACACACAAUCAUUGUGAACUGCUGUCCAAUAAUAUCACAAGGCCGCAACAUUUAGCCAUGAAGCUACUUACGUACAAGCGGACUCGCAGGUGUU